GCCUCCCGCCUGCCUGGUACUUGGAGGCUGCGCGGCAGAGGGAGAAGCACGUGGAGCAGAACUAGUGGAGGGAUUUAAAGGGAGAGACAAGGAUGGCAGAUAACGAGACAAGUAUGGAUUUUGUGAAUUAUCAAGAGCAGCCAGAACCAGCAGAUUUGAGCAUGUGCUCGUCAAAGAAAGCCCAGGAGACAGACUCGCAUGUUAACGGAUUUCAGCCAAAAGAGGGCGAGGCAACUGAGGAUGCAGAACAAGAAUUUUCCCAGGAAACCAAGGAUUUGAGCAUGUGCUCGUCAAAGAAAGCCCAGGAGGCAGACUCGCAUGUUAACGGAUUUCAGCCAAAAGAGGGCGAGGCAACUGAGGAUGCAGAACAUAAAUUUUCCCAGGAAACCAAGGAUGAAGUGGUUAGAAUAAAAGAUGAACAUUGCGCCAACAGCACUGAGUCAAUGGAACCAGAAUCUUCUGACCAUGCUGAAGUGACCGACCUGUCCUACGGUUAUGGAUCAGACUGUCCACCUUAUACAAAUAUCCAGCUGGAUAGUCAUCACAUUCCCUACGACAUCAAGAGACCGGGCAUGGGGAAACUGUACUGCGACAUCUGCGGCUUGGCAUGUAACAGCUUGAACGUUCUACUGGUGCACAAGAGACGUCACACAGGAGAACGCCCAUUCCAGUGUAACCAGUGUGGAGCGUCUUUCACUCAGAGGGGGAACCUGCUCCGACAUGGGAAACUUCACACUGGAGAGAAACCCUUCAAAUGUCACUUGUGCAGCUAUGCCUGCCAGAGAAGAGAUGCCCUAUCUGGACACCUUCGUACCCACUCUGUGGAGAAACCAUAUAAGUGUGAAUUCUGUGGACGAAGCUACAAACAGCGCAGCUCUUUGGAGGAACACAAGGAGAGAUGUCGAAUUUAUCAGCAGAAUGCUGAGUCUGCAAGUGACGAUUUGCGGCAGCCCAAACUCGAGAUGGGAAGUGAAAGAGCAAUGGUACUGGAUCGGCUAGCUAACAACGUAGCAAAAAGGAAGAGUUCAAUGCCUCAAAAGUUUAUCGGAGAGAAGCGACAAUGCUUUGAAGUUUCCUACAACAAUUAUUUAUAUGAUAAGGACCAUGAUUUGAAGCCUCCGAGGAUCAUGGAGCAAAAUUUAGGAAGCUCCAUGACUUACUUAAAUAAUGAUGCUUUGCGCCCCUUGGUGCAUAAUCCAUCUGGCCCCACUGCAGAAAUGGUGUCUGUCAUCAGCAGCCUGUACCCAAUGCCUCUCACUCGUAUGGAAAUGGCAAACGGUCACCUGCCCUCUCAAGGUAUCAAGGAAAAGAGGCCAAUUACAGAAAGGGGCCUCUCACCCAUUGCCAAUGCUCAAGACUCCACUGACACAGACAGCAGCCAUGAGGAAAGGGGCAAUUUCCCACCUGGUUUAAGCAUGGCCUCAGGGAGAGCCAGUAAUGUACAGCAACUCUCAAAGGAGCCUCCAAGAGUUUUCAAUGUGAUGAAACACCCUGGCCUGUCUCAACGUGACCUCCUUCAGGUAUUGAGCAAGGAAGGCUGUCCGUUAGGUGUGUAUCGCUGUGACCACUGCUGUGUUCUCUUCCUGGAUUAUGUCAUGUUUACUAUUCAUAUGGGGUGCCAUGGAUUCCGGGACCCAUUCGAAUGUAACAUGUGUGGCCACCGCAGCCAGGACCGCUACGAGUUCUCAUCUCACCUUGCACGAGGAGAACACCAUGUGAAAUAGCCAUGCCUGAUGCCAGAGCUUUGCUCUUUUUAUAUCAGAUAUCAUUAGUUUAACUUAUAACGUUUUCUUGUGGAUAGCCAUUUGAGACAAGCUCCUUUUUGUUAAAAUACUUUUGACUUAUGCCUUAAAAAAAAAAAAAAAGACAAAAAAGACAAAACUAAAAAAAAAACCUACGAGUGGAAGGAUUUCGCUGUU